GGGAGAGCGGAUAUAGUGAAUGCGGGGUCCGGGGAGAGCUGGAUAUAGUGAAUGCGGGGGUCCGGGGAGAGCAGAUAUAGUGAAUGGGCGUGGGGUCCAGGGAGACAGAUAUAGUGAAUGCAGGGUCCGGGGAGCGACCAGAUAUAGUGAAUGCAGGGUCUGGGGAGAGCGGAUAUAGUGAAUGCAGGGUCCGGGGAGAGCGGAUAUAGUGAAUGCGGGGUCCGGGGAGAGCAGGAUAUAGUGAAUGCAGGGUCCGGGGAGAGCGGAUAUAGUGAAUGCGGGGUCCGGGGAGAGAGGGGGGAUAUAGUGAAUGCAGGGUCCGGGGAGAGCGGAUAUAGUGAAUGCAGGGUCCGGGGAGAGCCAGAUAUAGUGAAUGCGGGGUCCGGGGAGACCGGAUAUAGUGAAUGCGGGGUCCGGGGAGACCGGAUAUAGUGAAUGCAGGGUCCGGGGAGACCAGAUAUAGUGAAUGCUGGGUCUGGGGAGAGCGGAUGAAACCGGGGAUAUAGUGAAUGCGGGGUUUACUGAGCGGAUCAGCAUAUUGAAUGCA